ACCUUAUCAACACACAAAGAAAAACCCACGAAACACACACACAUUUCAAUUUCAAACCCUAAAUCUCUCUUUUUUCAAACUCUGUUCUCACCGAAGAAAAUGGCAAAGAAGGAGAUGGAAGUGGUGAAGGGUCUAGAUCUACAGAGGUACAUGGGUCGCUGGUAUGAAAUAGCUUCAUUCCCGUCAAGGUUUCAACCCAAAAGUGGCAUCAACACUAGGGCUACUUACACUUUGAAAGAAGAUGGUACUGUGAAUGUCCUGAAUGAGACUUGGACUGAUGGCAAGAGAGGCUAUAUUGAAGGCUCUGCUUACAAGGCUGACCCUUCCAGUGAUGAGGCCAAGCUCAAAGUCAAGUUCUAUGUCCCUCCAUUCUUGCCCAUCAUUCCUGUUGUUGGGGAUUACUGGGUCUUGCUUCUUGAUGAUGAGUAUCAGUAUGCUUUGAUUGGUCAGCCUAGCAGGAAGUAUCUUUGGAUAUUAUGCAGACAGACCCAUCUUGAUGAAGAGAUAUACAAUCAGCUUGUGGAGAGAGCCAAAGAGGAAGGGUAUGAUGUGAGCAAGCUUCAAAAAACAACACAAACCGAUCCUCCUCCAGAAGGUGAAGAAAGUAGUUCCACGGACACCAAAGGCAUUUGGUGGUUCAAGUCCAUUUUUGGAAAAUAGGGAAUAUGCUAAUAUAUGUUUUUAAGAUAAAAUAAAGGGUUAAAACCCAUCCUACCAUUAUCUUGAUCUUUAGAGUGCUGUAUUUAGAUUUGUUUUUGCUUUAUGGUAUUGUCAAUCUGUGUAAGAUAAGUGAUGUUGAUGCUAGUUUUGAAACAUAUGAACUAUGACGUGUAAGUUUUCUUUGGGGUGGAGUAAAUAAGAUAUUUUAUACUUUA